AUGGAAAAGUUCCAAACUCACACUGGGGAGAAACCGUACAAGUGUGAGGAGUGCAGCAAGCAGUUCAGUCGGCUGAGUAAUCUGAAGACUCACAUCCAAACUCACACUGGGUGCACCAGUGCAGGAGGUCAUUUCAAUCCAGCAAAGAAGAACCACGGAGGUCCUCAGGAUGAGGAAAGGCAUGUUGGUGACCUGGGUAAUGUAGAGGUGGGAGAAGAUGGUGAGGCCAACAUCAAAAUCACAGACUCCCAGCUCCAGCUGACCGGUCCUAACUCCAUCAUUGGUCGUGCAGUCGUGGUGCAUACUGGUGAGGAUGACCUAGGGAAAGGCGGAUUCGAUGACAGCCUGACUACGAGGCACGCCGGAGGACGUGCAGCGUGCGGCGUCAUCGGAGUCACCAAGCAGUGACUCGCCCGCCUGCGAAGCCCUUCAACUGUCGACGGAGUGAAACAAAAGCUAUGACUGCUGCACCAGACACUAUGACUCAAGUGCCAGUAACAAUGCUACACUCAGAUCUAUCAAUGAAAAUUCAUCUGCGUUGGUAGUUACAUGUUUAAGGUUAAAACUUUUGUUCUAGAUUGAGCUUUUGACCAAUUACUCUUCAAAUUUCAAUUAGAAUGUCUUCUUCAAUAGACUGACCGACCAGUGAGACUUAUCAUGUGGCAGUUCUAUGGUACAAAGAAUCAAGUUCAAUCAACUGUACUAGUAGUACAUUCUGGAGGGUUUACAAUUGUGCAACUGUAAGGUGAUUUUGUGUUCUCCUGUAGGCAGUUGAUAGAGGCUAACACAGUGACUGCUCUUUUUGUUCCUUGUUGUUACUGUCCAUGAAGCUAGUCUGCUUAUGCUAAAGAGCUAUUUAGACCUAGCAAGAAGAAGCUAUUUUCAGCAAUGUUGACAGCCCCUCACAGUCUGUGUGGUUUGUAUUGUGAAUAUCAGAAUAAACUGGCUACAAGCUCUCAGGGCAUUCGGA